UUAUUCUGCAACUGUAGAGAAACUUUGUAAAUAAUUGGAAAUGCAAAUCAAAAGAUAGAAUCUUAAGCAUUCUAAUCCAUGCCAUUUAUCUAAUCCUAUUCUAUCUCCCGCUAACGCAACAUAACCUCACUUACCCCAAUCUAACCACACUUACCGCAUUAUCUUCUUCUUUGGCUGGUUUGCAGAAACGUUGGAAAUGGUCCAAAUGGUCGAAUACUCUAUUUCGGCACACACAUGCACGGCACACCAUGGCUAAUUGGCGCCGUUUUUGGUUAUUUCCUGCAUGCGAAUCGUGGCAAAUCCUUCAAGCUGAACCGCAUUGCCGUCUGGUCCGGCUGGGUGUCCGCCCUGGUCAUAUUCUUUCUGUGCGAAUUUGUGCUGCUGCCAUAUGUUGAAUGGACCGGUCCGGAUUUGUCGCAGCUAAGCGAUGCCCUCUACUAUUCGCUAACCCGCAUUGGCUGGCCCAUCGGACUCUGCUGGGUGGUAUUCGCCUGCAUGCAGGGCUACGGCAUGGCCGACAGCUUCCUCUCCAGCCCGCUGUGGCAGCCGCUGUCGAAGCUCUCCUAUUCGGCCUACGUGUGGCACAUUAUGAUACAGGAAAUAAAUGGGCGACGUGUCCAGACCAACACAUACUUCUCCAACUACGAAAUGGUAAGUGCUGCAGCGAGACUCAACCGUUCUGCUUGAGCCCAACUAAACGUUU